AUGGACACUUCACCCCGCAAAAUUCGCGACGACGACUGGCGCAAUGCGAUUGGCAGGAGUGAGAGUCGGAGUGUCUUGAAGCCCGUCACCCAGAAUGCCUCGCCCAUCGUGGACAGACCGCUUACAGUAAAUGGAACCGACAGCCUGCAUAAGCGAUCCGAAUCGAAAGAGAACAUUGCAUAUCGUCCUCCCAGCCAGGAAAGCCUGGCAUUUCGAGAGCGACCUUCAAGUCAGGAUGAGAGCAGAUCGCCGACAAAGAAACUCACACAUUCGCGAGGAUUGAGCGUCGAUACAGGACUGCGUCCAUCAUCCCCCGAUCCACUCUCUUCUGCCAGUCCUCCGGGUACGGCCAGCAAGAACAGCCUGGCAACAUUCUCUCGUUCAGAUUCCAUGCGAGCUAGUACAAGACCGCGAUCCAAAGGUCACGUCCGGUUCACAUCCACAGACACUUCCGCGAGCAUGCCCCAACUAGACGGCGAGAUUGAUCAGCUCAAGAAAUCGAGCACUCCUCAUUUGCGCGAGCUUAGCAAGUUUGCUGCAGACAAGGAGUCAACCGAGGAGCUGAACGUUCACUCCGCAGAGGAGCAGGUAACGGGUCUGGUGGGGAGAAGGAGGCUACAACGAUCGGGAACUGUCAAGCCGAGCGAGAAAAAGUCCAACUUUGCCUCACAAUUCCAAAGCACGAAAUGGAUGGAUACGCAAAGGAAGCAUUUGGCUGCAUACGAGUAUCUCUGUCACAUUGGGGAGGCAAGAGCAUGGAUAGAGGAUGUUCUAGAUCCUACAAAACUGCCUCCAAUUGUCCAACUGGAGGAGGCGCUGAGAGAUGGUGUCACAUUGGCAGAAGUGGUUGUACGGCUUGCACACAAACUUCCCUCCGAUCAACAGAGAGCGCUUGGGAGUCAACGGAUUCUCCGCUCUGCGCCCCUCUCCUUUCGACACUCCGACAACAUCGCCCUCUUCUUUCGCUUCCUCGCCGAGAUUGAACUUCCCGAGCUCUUCCGAUUCGAACUGAUCGAUCUCUACGAGAAGAAGAACAUCCCCAAAGUCAUCUACUGCAUACACGCUGUGUCAUGGCUUCUGUUCCGGAAAGGUGUUGUGGACUUCCGGAUUGGAAAUCUGGUAGGACAGCUGGAGUUUGCAGAUCACGAAUUGGAAGAGACGCAAAAGGGUAUCGAUCGAAGUGGGAUCCAAAUGCCCAACUUCGGCGGUAUGCGAGCUGCUAUGCAAGUGGAAGAGGAGCCUCCGCCACCAGAACCCACUCCCGAAGAACUCCUGGCUGAACAGGAGCAUACGCUUGUCGAGCUGCAGACUCAAAUGCGCGGUGCUCUGGUUCGGCUGAGACUUGGGGAGACCAUGCAAGAACUUUGGGCGGCAGAGGAGCAGAUUGCGCAUUUCCAGGCUAUUGCUCGAGGAGGCUUCGCAAGAGAAAUCUUUGACUUUCGCUUUGCCAUGGACAACUCUACCCGCCAUUUCCAGGCCGCAUCGAAGGCCUACCUCGUACGAAAACAGCUCCAUCAAAAGAAGAGCGCAUGGAAGGAGAACAAAGCGGAUGUGGUCAAGGUGCAGAGUCUAUGGCGAGGGAGGAAGCAGCGAGUGGAGACGAAGAAAAUCAAGACUCAGCUACGUGCUCAACGGCAUGGUCUCAGUGAGCUUCAAUCAGCAAUCCGAGGUGCUCUCGGUCGAUGGCGAGCCGGUGAUCUGUGGCAUGAGGCGAGAGAUGAAAAGACGGAGGCUGGUGUGCAGGCAUUCCAGGCGGCGGCUCGUGGUGCGAUAGAACGGAUGCGCGUGGGAGCUAUCAUGAACCGACUCUGGGAUGUUGAGGAUACCAUCUGCGAUCUCCAAUCACAUGCACGUGGGCGCCAAAUACGAAAGAGAGCCGUCCAACAGCACKCCGACACACGAUCAGCAGCUGUUGAGGUUGUGAAGCUCCAAGCAGCAGCGCGAGGUCUCAUUCAGAGAAUCCAACAAAAGACACAGCACGGCGAACACAAGAUUCAUGAGCCCAGUAUUGUCCAGGUUCAGGGCGUGGCAAGAGGGCUUAUCGAGCGACUUCGCCAGGCUAAGACUCAGGGAGCGCUCCAUGGGCGGGAGUCUGCGAUUGUCAAGUUCCAAGCUCUAAUACGUGCCCAGGCUGCCAAAUCGGUGCAUCUCGAUACGAGGGAAUCUCUCAGCAGGCAUUCCGAGACUCUUGAUACCUUUCAGGCUCUUAUCAGAGGGAAGGCAGCUCGUGGUCUUGUUGCCGAUACAAGAAAUGCACUCAAGGAGCACGACACUCAAGUAUGUUCACUCCAGUCGCUUGCACGGGCAAUGCUCCACAGGAGGAGCAUCGGCGAGAACCUGGUCGCGCUGGAAGAGGAAGAGGAGCAGCUCGUCGCGCUCCAGUCAAUGUCGAGGGCCUACAUCGAGCGGCAACGAAUCUUCGAGCAGCUCGUGGAGAUGGAGAAAGAGGAGCAAAGCAUCAUCGAGCUCCAGUCAUUAACACGAGCGAUGCUCCUCCGAAGCCAAAUUGGUCAGGAGCUGGCAGAACUGGAAGAGCAUGAAGACGCACUCGUCGAGCUGCAGUCACACCUUCGCGGCUUCGUCGUGAGAAAGCGCUUCGCCGAAAAGCAGAAGCACUUUCGCGAGAACAUGCAAAAGGUCAUCAAGUUGCAAUCCUUCGUCCGCGCCAAGCAGCAGGGUGAAAGCUACAAGAGCCUGGUCAAUGGCAAAAAUCCUCCUCUCCCAGUCGUGCGACGCCACUUGCAUCUCCUCACAGAUUCGAACCUCGAGUUUGAGGGCGAGCUAGAAGCUGAACGGCKGCGUCGACAAGUCGUGGAGAGCGUCYGAAGAAAUGAACUUGUUGAGAGCUAUGUCGAAGGCUUGGACGUCAAGAUUGCCCUUCUCGUCAAGAACAAGAUCACCCUGGACGAAGUUGUCAAGCAUCAGAAGCAUUUCGGCGGAUCUGCCUCCCAACUCCUACGUGGCAGCACCAUGACCAACUCCUCUGGACUUGACCUCAAGGCGCUCAACAAAAACUCUCGCAAGAAGCUCACCGGAUACGAGGAGCUCUUCUUCAUGAUCCAGACACAACCGCAAUAUCUCGCACGAUUGUUCGGUGUUCUGACCAGUCGCGGUGUGUCUGAGAAGGAAGGCAAGAACACCGAGCGGCUCAUCAUGACUUUGUUCGGAUACGCUCAGAAGAGCCGAGAAGAGUACAUGCUUUUGAAGGUUCUCGCAACAAGCUCACAACAGGUCAUCUCACAUUGUCAAAGCGUGGAAGACUACAUGCGUCAGCAGAACGGGACAUUCCAGCAACGAAUUCUUGUCAAUCACAUUCGAUCACCCAAGGAGCGGGCAUACCUCAAGACCCUCUUCGGUGGUAUGAUCAAGAACGGCAUUUGUGCGCAGGAUCAUUUAGAUUUGGAAAGCGAUCCACUGCAGAUUUAUCGUGCGAUAUUGAACAAUGAGGAACUCUCUACCGGCAUGCCAUCGCAGCGGCCUCGCGAUCUUCCUCGAGAAGUAGUGAUCCGACAGGAAGACGUGCGACCGCGAUAUGUUGAGCACCUGGAAGACCUUCGCGAUCUGGGUGAUGGUUUCUUCCACAAUCUCGAGGAGACACUCCACCGGAUGCCAUUUGGAUUGCGCUACAUUGCGGCUGAACAACAUCGUGCACUAUGUGCUCAAUUCCCACGCGAAGACCCUGGCCAUCUUGCUAUGAUUGUUGGAACAUGGUUGUGGAAAGCAUAUCUCCUGCCUGCGCUGAAAGAGCCGGAGAUGUGGGGUGUAGUGGAUCGUGGCCUGAGUCCCGUUCAUAAGAGAAAUCUGGGUCAAGUGAUUACAGUUCUCUCACAAGUCGCCUCUGCUGGAAGGCUGUUUGGGCCGGAGAAUAUCUACCUCCAGCCCCUCAACAACUGGAUCACGGAGAGCCUGGACCGAUGGCAGGACUGCCUCGGACAUAUGUUCGACAUUCCCAGCCCUGAAGAGCACUAUGAUGCAGACCAAUUCAGCGACCUCUACUCCAAGACAAAGCCAACCCUGUACAUUAAAUUGGCGGACAUCUUCGCGCUGCACUCGCUCAUCACAGAUAACAUGGCCGCAGUCGUACCUCAACGAGACGACCCCAUCAAAGAGCUUUUGACAGAUCUAGGCUCUGCCAAAGGGAAUGAGACCGAUCUCACCGGCGCCACAAAUGGCGGCGAAAUCACACUCACGCUCAAAUCCCGCUUCACGGUCCAAGAAGACCCCAACGCCGAAGCCCGCGCACUCUUCACCAACACUAAACGUCUGGUUCUCUACAUCAUUCGUGUCCAGUCCGGCUCAAACUUGAUGGAAAUCCUCCUUCGACCCAUCACCCACGAUGAUGCCGAUAGAUGGAUCUCUCUAGUAGCAGAAGAGUUGGCGGAAAAGCCACACCGGCCUACCACAUCUCACAAGCGCACCGCUUCAACCUUUGACGCCCGCACCGCCUCCCUCCGCGGCGCUCGCACUCAAUCCGUCUACUCUGAAGCGCCUUCCUCCUCCGACCAACAUCGCGAUCUCCUCGAUCUCCAAUCCAUGACCUACGCGGAGUUGAAGUCCACGGCUUUGGAAAACAUUCUCCAACUCGAAAAUCCUUCCAUUGCUCCUCAGUUCCGCGUCUCCAGACACAACAACUACCAGGAACUGCUGAAUGCUCUCGCAGGCGACAUCCGGCAAAAGCAUCGCAAGCGAUUAGACCGCCAACGGAAUGUGGAGAGCACGAGACAAACUCUUGACCAACUAGAUGAAAAGGCCUCGUUCUUGGAAGACCAACUACGGAGUUACAACGACUACAUUGAACAAUGCCUCCACACUCUCGCGUCAAAGAAAGGCACCAAACAUAAAUUCAUGCUCCCUUUUACCAAACAAUGGACUCACGAACGCGAACUCGAGAAAAGUGGUCGUAGACCCCAAUUUGGAAGCUUCAAAUAUUCGGCACGACAACUAGCUGAUAAAGGAGUGCUGGUCAGCUGGACUGGAGUCCCUCCAGAACAAUGGGGACAAAUUGAUAUUGUCAUAUCUAGUGAUGUUGUGGGAGUUUUCAUGUUGGAGGCUAGCUGUGGGAGUCUUAUGAUGCAAGGUGCUCAGGGGAGGUUGGUGUUGGAUGAGCUUUUGCAGGCGCAAUAUGACAACGCGGGGACCGUGGGGAUUUUUGACGACGGGAGGGGAGGAGGGGCGAGAUUAGGGGUUAAUUUGCUUUUGCAUUUGGUUUUCAAGAAGUUUUAUCGGGAUGAUUAG